GACACGAUUUUCGUACAUUCCUUUUUAUAUAUUGGCAGAACUGGUACUAAUUGUUUUCCAUCUCACGUUGUUUUCGUCUUGACCUGUUUGGCCCAAGGUUACUUUACCAUUUAACGAAGGUAUUAAAGUUGUAAUGAUUUAUAUACGGAACGAACUUGACAGUACGAAAGACUUGAGCAGACGGAAGCGCAAAAACCCAAGGAAUACGUCCACAACGUCAGGCUCCCAUGGGGAAUGGAGUCGCAACUAAUUUCACAGUUUAUGUCAAACACAAGCAGCGAUACAGAAACAGCAAUAACCUGCUUGCAAGCCAGUGGCUGGGAUUUGAAAAAUGCUAUUGAGCUCUUUCUGGAAAAUGGGGGCAAUGUUAGAACUACUUGGGAAGAAAAUGGCAACAUCCGACCAUCACUCCGCAAAACUCCUGCUGUUGAUUUAGCUGACUUGAAGAAACUUUCAAGAGGAAUCUCAAGAGCAACAGACAAUGUGAAGUUGGUCUCGCGUGCCCGCUCAGAUAUUGCUCACGAGUUUGGAGAUACUGCAGUUUGCAACGUUAAUCAGUUUUUCAUCGAGACACCUGUAUGCACUUUCACUUUGCCGGAUUUGACAGUGUAUCCUGAAGAUUUCCGUACAUUUUUGGAAAAGGAUCUGAUUGAAACAUCAACCCUACAGUCUUUGGAAUCUGCUGGUAGACUUAAUUGGUGGGUUGAGCUUGGAGCAUGUCAGUCUCUGUGGCCACUUGCUACGUCUGGAGAUGGAAAUUGUUUGUUGCAUGCUGCAUCACUUGGAAUGUGGGGCUUCCACGAUAGACUGUUGACUCUGCGACGUGCUCUUCAUGGUUUCUUAUCGGGUUCUCCGUGCCGUGAAGCUUUGUAUCGACGCUGGCGAUGGCAACAGACACGUGCUAAUCUAGCUGCAGGUCUUGUAUAUACUGAGGAGGAAUGGCAACGUGAAUGGGACAGCAUAAUCAGCAUGGCUUCAACUCAGCCACGGAAGUCAAUGAAUCGCAGACGCAGUUCCAUUCUUAUGGAGCGUUCCCUGGAGGAGAUACCAGAAAAUGCAACGUAUGAGAGCCUUGAAGAAGUUCACGUACUUGCAUUAGCACACGUGCUGCGGAGACCUAUAGUUGUCAUUGCAGAUGUGAUGCUGAAGGAUAUGAAUGGAGAGGAUCUUGCCCCAAUCCCAUUUGGAGGGGUCUACCUACCGCUGGAGUGCCCUCCAGCUGAUUGCCAUCGUUCCCCUCUCGUACUGGCAUAUGACUCUGCUCAUUUUUCAGCUCUAGUUGUGAUGGAACGAAAUUCAGAUGUCGUUCAACCACCAGCUGCUGUGCCUCUGAUAAGUUCUGACAGACAGCUUCUUCCUAUACAAUUUGCUGUGGAUCCUGGUGAGCAGCUGGUAUGGGGUCGUGAUGAGUCCCAACCCCAUUUGGUACGAAAACUCAGUCUUGCUCCAAGAGACCAACUUGGUCUUUUGGCAGAAUAUUUGGAUGUGAGAGAACUUCCUCCAGGUCCUGAUUCACCACCAGAAUCCACCGAUGAUGGCUGCGACAUUGAGAAAAGGUUUUCUGAGGUGGCUUCUGACAGUGAUCCCAGUGAUGAAGGUGUGGCCUUUGGAGGGAAAGCAGCGAGGCAGUUCCAGACAGCAGUAGCAAAACAGUUUGGCAGCCUUAGCCGUCGACUAAGAAAGAACUUUGGAUCACUUACGAGAGCAUCUAAAGUCAAUGCCCAAAAGAAAGACAUCCCACUUAAUAAUCAGCAACAGGAGCGUGUAAUAUGUGCCCUUUUGCACACAGAAAAGAGGCAUGCUUACCAAGCAGAAAUGAUACGCAACUACUUGGCUUGUGCUCGUGCCCGAUUUGAGCUCCAGCAACAGAAGCAGUUACAACCUCGGCAGUCUUUUCAGUCUGAGGCUCAUCCUGGUUCUACAGCCGCUACUUUCACUUCUGCACCAAAUACAGGAGUAAUGUAUGGGGCUGGACGCUCCCGCUUCUAUGCAACUGAAAUGAUGCGUCCCUCAGUUGAGACUCUUCCUCAUCAAAAGGCACCUGGUGCUUGUGCGAAUGGACGUACUCUGUUCCUUGCCAAAUCGACAUUUUAUGAUGAUGAGGCAUCACAUUCUUAUGUUGCACCAUCGGAAAUAGUCAGUGGGAGACACACACAUGUGGCAACACUGACUUCUCCACAACUCCCGAAAGCCGGCCACGGAGUGGAACUGCCACAUGUUGAAAAAGCUGGCACUCCGUGUAGAAAUAAUCACUGCCAUUUCUAUGGCUCGCCAGACUCUGACCACUAUUGCUCACGAUGCUAUCGUGAGAACACAGUAACUGGUGUGAAUACAGCAGCAGUGCGCAGUCUGCAAGUACAGGAAGUCAAUCGAUAGUGCACCAUACUCACUUUUGUUCCUUUGCAUCCCUAAAAGGGACUACAACUAUGUGUAGCUGUACUGUAAAUAAUGUUAAUGAGCUUUAAUGAUGGUCAAUAUUCCCUGAGAAAUUGCUGCAUACCAUUUCGUAGAUAGCAUAUUUUUAAACAUCUAUUUUCAUAUCAUCGGAACUAUAGGCAUUUAGCAUUACAUUUGCACUUGCAUAACUUUGAUUGUAGCCAAAGUUGUGUGCCAGAAGUUACGUAAGAUUAAUACAUAGUUGCUGUCAGUGGCAGAUAUGAAGCCUGUCCAUGUUACUGAAGCACCUGCAGGUUUCAAAUGAGUACUGCAAUCUUGUGAUUGGUGUGUUUAUUCAAGCAUCCUCUCAGAAAUCAAUUUUUGUUAUGAUGUUGACCGUAACAUCACUUUGUAAUGGCCUUAGACAGAUUUAUACUGGUAUCAUGUGCUAUGCAUAAUUUGAUACUAUAUAUUGAAAGUGAAUAUGAAAGUAUUUGUGUGUUCAGAUAAUUUUCAUUUCGUGUAUCUGUUGUUGUAUGGUAUAUAAAAGUAACAUGUCUUGGUACUCUGAGUCAGAAUGGGUAACUUCCUAAUCAACUUUUACAGUGCAGUUAUUUAGUAUCUCUCUUUUGUUUAAGGAGUUUGUGUGAAGUUGCAACUGUAAUACACUUCUUUGUAACUUGUAGCAGAUGGAAAAACUGUGCAGUGUUGUGCACUCACAUGAUUUACAUAUUCAUUAUGGUUGUUGGAAGAAUUGUCCAUCACUGGGCAAAUAUAAUAUGGAUCAAAGGUAGUGUGGCAAGUUUAGUGGCCCAGAAAGUACUUCAAAGCUAUUUUUAAAAAGAAACUAUUUAAAAAAGCUUGUCUCUUGAUUAACCCUUAAGGCAUCUACCUACCUUAUAGCAACUUAACAGGGUAUUGUUAUGCUCUUUAACCUAAAAUAUAUUUUAAGAAGACAUGUGCCUGGAGAGCUUCUUAUUGUGAUAAAAUAGGUUAUUUUGAAUAUCCAUAUACACAGUUUUGUUCCUUUUAAAUCUUGUUUGAAUAUUAGAACAUUAGGAUAAAUGUUAGCAUUUGUACCUGAGUGGUGUUUACACCUGCCACAUGUCAGGUGAUAUAAAUUUUUCUUAUUUUUAUUGUAAAGGACCAUUCAGUCCUUUGUGCUGUUCCAAGCAAGGAAAAUUUGAAUGUUUUAGUGACUUAGUCAUAAUUUUUAUUAUAAAUUUUCAUUCACUGGUAGUAUCAGGCUUUUAAAUGUUGCUUAUAAAGCUUGAUUUUGUGUUGUUGAACUUUUUAGUUAUUCUGAAUAGUAAAGAAAUAUGCAGUAAGUGGCAAUCAUACUGCUUUUGUUAUCUAAGUAGUGAAGAACAUUAGAUUAGCAUUAGUACAAUGUCAGAUGCUCUGGGUAUUUUUACAAGUGUUUUAAUACUUUUCUACUUAAUGUUUAGCUGUAAAAAAAUUUUUGAUUUUAUAUUUGUAAUGUAUGUAAUGAAACAUGUGAAUUUAAUCUGUGAUAAGACAAUGAGCAUUACACAAUAAGCUUUUAAAAUGUUGCAUGUAAUUAAGUAUUAAUAGGAACCUCAACUUGAGGGUAUUGUCCUUGCCAUUGGACAUUUGCUUGAAAAUGAACCAAUCUGUUUUGUAUUGUGUAACUGUCUUCCAGUUUUAAAUAUUGAAAACAAUUUGUUGUGUUUUACUUGGAGAAUGUAUUAUGAUGUGUUUACAACAAGUGUCCUGACAAUAUAAAUUCCAAAACUGACCAUAGCCAUAGCUAAAGAUAUGAGAUCUCCUCAGCACACAACUGGAAUUAGUAUUAAGAUGAUCUCAAAAGAGAAUUACACACACAGUUUAAGAUUUAAGAGACUGUUAAAAGUAGUUGCUGUUAAUUUUUAUAGUGUGCCCUGAUUAUGUAUCAUGCUAACAGUUUCUUAAGGGCUAUAUUGAGAAGUGUAAUUUCUGGAAGACAACUGCAACAGAUACCAUUCAAUCAUGAAUGUUCCAAUUGUAUGUGUAGCACUGAUUUAUUGGAAUGGACAAGGAAUUUUGAAGAAUGUGGGCAGCAGAAAUGGGACUGAAAUGAGGUGUAUCCCAUAGCAAUAACUGGCUGUGACAGCUGAGGAUGCUGUAGUCGUUUUCUUUUCUUCCCUGUAGAAUUCCCUCUGAUCAAUUUCAAAUAUCAGAUAUUGUGCAAUUGUGUACUUUCUAUACACCUUAAGAAAGUUUUGGCCUCUAGGUAUUAAUUUUUCUUAUAGGUUUUGAUGGAAUUUAAUUCAAAUUUGAUCCUGGCUUGUGUAUGAUUCUACAAAUUCCUGAAGUUAUUGUGGGCUUUUUCUCCACUUCUUGUGUCAUUUAUUAAGUGUCCUUUCUUUGUUGUUUAGCUUUCUUCAAAAGGAGAUGUCCAGCCCUCUUUUCCUAUUGUGUAUGAAGUGUUUCUUUCUUUGUUGUUUAGCUUUCUUCAGAAGGAGAUGUCCAGCCCUCUUUUCCUAUUGUGUAUGAAGUGUUUCUUUCUCUUUGGGGAAAGCAGAGAAACAGCUUCAGAAAGUGUGGUUAUGUGUAGGCAAAGAGUGGACC